GUUUGGAGAGCGGGGCGAGGGCGAGGGCGAGGGAGGGGAGAGGGCGCUGCCACUUUAAAAAUGGGAAAGUCCGCCCUCCUGAGGUAAUGGUAACCUCCGCCCCCUCCCUCCUCCUGCUAGAGAGAGAGAGAGAGAGAGAAAACUUGUUUUCAUUCAUAACUUUUUCCUUUUCCUUCCUCUCCGUCAACUAUUUAUUCACUGCUUCUCCGCGCGGAUUGCAGAGGGCGCCGCGCUCCCGUCCUAACUCGCAAUGUGGAGAAGCUCGCCCGCCGCCUCUGCCCCGGCUCGCUUCUCCCCGGCCCUUGAUGUAUCAAGCUUUUCCUUUAAAGGAUAGGCUUCUUUUUAAAAUAAUUUGACUUAUAAUCAGCCAAGCCGUGGGCUUGCUUCUGGCGCUCGCUUGAACGGGGAAAGCGCCUUAGGAUCUGACGCGCGCCUGGGUGGGCAAUUCGAAAAAGCGUGUGAGGAACCCGCCGAGAUCCUUAGCGUGCGAUGGGAUUGUCCGGAAAGGAUUUCAGAUGCAUGCCAGGUUUCCACUGAUUGCCAGAAUUCAAGAUCACUACACAUGGAUCCCCAAAAUCAACAUGGCAGUGGCAGUUCAUUGGUUGUGAUCCAGCAGCCUUCUUUGGAUGGCCAUCAGAGAUUAGACUAUGAGAGAGAGAUUCAGCCUGCUGCUAUUUUGUCCUUAGACCAGAUUAAGGCCAUCAGAGGCAGCAAUGAGUACACAGAAGGACCUUCAGUGGUAAAAAGACCUGCUCCGAGGACAGCACCAAGACAAGAAAAGCACGAACGGACUCAUGAAAUCAUUCCGAUUAAUGUGAAUAACAACUAUGAGCAUAGACCUACAAGCCACCUGGGACAUGUAGGACUCCCAAGCAAUGCCAGGGGCCCCAUUUUGAGCAGAUCAACCAGCACUGGAAGUGCAGCCAGUUCUGGGAGCAACAGCAGUGCCUCUUCUGAGCAGGGGCUGUUAGGAAGGUCACCGCCAGCCAGACCAGUUCCUGGUCAUAGGUCUGAAAGGGCAAUCCGGACCCAGCCCAAACAACUACUUGUGGAUGACUUGAAGGGUUCCUUGAAAGAGGACCUGACUCAGCACAAGUUCAUUUGUGAACAGUGUGGGAAGUGCAAGUGUAGCGAAUGUACAGCUCCCAGGACCCUGCCAUCCUGUUUGGCCUGCAACCGGCAAUGCCUGUGCUCUGCUGAGAGCAUGGUGGAAUAUGGGACCUGCAUGUGCUUAGUCAAAGGCAUCUUCUACCACUGCUCCAAUGAUGAUGAAGGGGAUUCUUACUCGGAUAAUCCUUGCUCCUGUUCGCAGUCACACUGCUGCUCAAGAUAUCUGUGUAUGGGAGCAAUGUCUCUAUUUUUACCUUGCUUACUCUGUUAUCCUCCUGCUAAGGGAUGCCUGAAGCUGUGCAGGGGGUGUUAUGACUGGAUUCAUCGCCCAGGGUGCAGAUGUAAGAACUCCAACACUGUCUAUUGUAAACUGGAGAGCUGCCCUUCCCGGGGUCAGGGGAAACCAUCAUGAUUUUUGGAGGUGGGCUGGACCUCCUAAACUUCUAGCUUUACAGCCGUGACUGUUAGAAAAUACACUAUUAGAUACUGAUUUUCUUGUCUUUAGAGUUUUUCUCUGUUCCCUGUCUUCUCUUCCCCUGUUCCCAAAGUUUGACUUCUGGAUUUUACUCGUCUCUUCUGGACGAUCUUCUGCGAGAGUGGACUGUGAAACUGCACCUGGCUCCCACUUGUCACAAGAGUCUUUGCCAUCCAUUUGAGAGAGUUUUGAGAGCCAUUGGGCUUCUGUGUGGCCUCUUUGUUCUGCAGGCAACUUUCCAAAGUUGUGUACGUGAACAUAAGACACCCACUCAGACAACAGGAUUUAGAGCUGUUUUUGAUUGGGUACUGGGUGAGCAAGGAAAUUGGUUUUCAAAGAAGCAACCAUUUAAUUGUUUUCAUAAGCUAUGUAUUCCAUUUAUCUUCAAUUAGAGCUGUCUUCCUAGCGUUGGACCAGUAAAUAGAAUGGGAGAAUAUGUUUUUGUUAUAACAAAA